AUGGAAAUCCUCUUCUCUGCAAUCAUAGGCGACCUCGUUAACAGGUCGGCGUCGUUCGUGAUCAGCAAAUGCUUCCAGCAGCAGCCUGACAUCGACAAGAUCCUCCAAAGGCUAGAGAGAGUUGUGCUGAGAAUCGACACCAUUGUCGAGGAGGCGGAGGGGCGGCACAUCGCCAACCAGGGGAUGCUCCGUCAGCUCAAGCUGCUGAGGCAAGGAAUGUAUAGAGGCCACUACAUUCUUGACGCCUUGAAAUUUCGAGCCAUCGGCGAGGAGGAGGAGAACAAGGAAGGUGCAUUGUCUAAGUUCAGUCCUGCCAAACGGCUCCGUUUCUCUUGCAGCACCGCCACCGCCAGUGGUAGUAUCUACAACAACAUGGAAGCACAGUUGUUUGGUACAAACAACAUACAAGAAGAGCUGCAGCGGGUAGUUGACAAUCUUGAAGACACCAUAGCUGGUAUGAAGGAAUUUCUUUUCUUGUUGAACUUGUAUCCUCGGAUAGUCCGCCAACCUUAUGGCGCAUAUUUGCUCUUGGACAAUUGCAUGUUUGGUCGCCAAAUGGAACGGCACCGGGUCCUGAAUUUCUUGUUGCGUUCCGGUCCUUCUCCAGACUUGGCAGUGCUUCCCAUGGUUGGUCCAAUAAGAGCAGGGAAGACCACUCUUGUUGAGAAUGUCUGUAAAGAUGAGUGUGUGCGUGACCGUUUCUCGAUGGUUCUCUUCUUUCCAGAAGGUUAUCUCAGGGAUGAAGGAGUGCUCGACCUGAAAGAGAACAGUAUUAAUGAUCUAGUCAAACAUCAGAAUUGUUCUUCUUCUCAACACAGCUUGCUGGUUAUUGUCGAAAUAGCCGAGGACAUUAACCAGGACACAUGGAGAAGGCUGAAAUCUUCCAUAGCUCGCAUGACGCCAUGUGGUGGGAGUAAAAUCAUUAUCACCAGUCGAUCAGAUAGAAUUGUGAGUCUUGGGACAACAGAAGCGCUUCGGCUAGACUAUCUGCCCCAAGAAGCCUAUUGGUAUUUUUUCAAGACCCUUGUGUUUGGGAGCACAAACCCUGAUGAGGAGCCAAAACUGGCAACCAUGGCCAUGGAGAUCGCUUUGGAACAAAGGCAAUGCUUCACAAGCGCGCAUAUCCUUGCUGGGAUACUGAGAGAUAACUUCAAUGCUCGAUUUUGGCGCACGGUUCUUCACUGUGUGAGAGCAUAUAUAAAGACACAUCUCCUUAUGUUUGACCAGCACCCAAACCUCCGGCUGCGGGAAGAUGAGCCGAUAUACUACUGGAGAAUGGAGAAGAGCCGCGGAUAUUUCUUGAUUAGCAAGUAUCAUCAGUCAGAUUCCAGCGCACAAGUCCCUAGGAUCAGGAUGCGGGACAUUCUCCUGGAAUGUGGUGGUACACUACCCCGUGGAGAAUUUGAGGCUGUUGCGUGGACGUCUCGCAUACCGCCCUACUACAACUACACUAUAAGCUGUAAGAUGCAAGCACCACAAGUGGCAGUGGGAAGGAGGAAGCGCGUGCAUCAGGACGAACAACAUUUGAUUUGA